AUGGGCAGCAAGACUCUGCCAGCUCCGGUUCCUCUCCAUCCAUCCCUCCAGCUGGCUAACUACUCACUCCUCCAGAGCUCCACAGGUCUCCAGUUGCCAGCAGAUCACUUCCACAGCAUCUACAGCUUCAGCGCUCUGCACGCUAUCCACCUUCAUCAGUGGACCCUCGGCUACCCGCCUCUGGCUCUGCCCCGCUGCACCAUCUCCAAGCUGCCUGCCCCAUUCUCUUCGAUGGCCUCCAUCCCUAUCUUCCCUCACCUCCUGCAGCCCAAACAAGACUUAGGAGGGCUGCUGCAGAUCUCCAAGAACAAGCCCCGCUUUGACUUUGCCAACCUGGCAGCAGCAGCCACCCAGGAGGAUCAUCUGAAGGCUGAGGACCUCAGCAUGACAGGCGUUGCUGCUGCUGCUGCUGCCGCUGCCGCACAGGCUUCAUCUCACCACCCGACCUCAGCCAGCCUGGGAUGCCUUCUGGAUGUGACCAAACUAUCCUCACCGGAGCGCAAGUCCAGCCGCGGCCGACUGCCCUCCAAGACCAAGAAAGAAUUUGUCUGCAAGUUCUGCGGCCGCCAUUUUACCAAAUCCUACAACCUGUUGAUCCAUGAGCGGACGCACACAGACGAGAGGCCAUAUACCUGUGAUAUCUGCCACAAGGCUUUCAGAAGACAAGACCACCUCCGGGACCACAGGUACAUUCAUUCCAAAGAAAAGCCCUUCAAGUGUCAGGAGUGUGGGAAGGGCUUCUGUCAGUCCAGGACUCUGGCUGUUCACAAAACAUUACACAUGCAGGUCAAGGAACUGAAGCCAGCAAAGAUCAAGUGAUUCACUCUGCCAGCAGAGAAUGGACCGGGCCACUGAAAAAACAUGA